CCCUUGGACCCUCCCCCCUCCCGCUGUCCCUGGUGCUGAAGCCCCUCCGCCCGCCCCCCUAAGCCCACCCACCGGCCCGGCCUUGACCGCCCUGAGUGAGCCUCCUCUGGGCCGGAGCCUGACUCUCAGCCGGGAUGAGCGGAGGGGUCUACGGAGGAGAUGAAGUGGGCGCCCUGGUUUUCGACAUCGGCUCUUUCUCCAUCCGGGCGGGUUAUGCGGGAGAAGACUGCCCCAAGGCGGACUUUCCCACCACGGUGGGCCUGCUCUCCCACGACGAGUCGGCCAUGGAGCUGGAAGGGGACAAGGAGAACAAGGCCGGGAAGGUCUACUACAUCGACACCAACUCCUUGCACGUCCCCCGGGAAAACACCGAGGUCAUCUCACCGCUCAAGAACGGGAUGAUUGAGGACUGGGGCUGCUUCCAGGCCAUCCUGGACCACACCUACAACAAGCACAUCAAGUCGGAGCCUAAUUUGCACCCGGUGCUCAUGUCCGAAGCCCCGUGGAACACGCGGGCCAAGCGGGAGAAGCUGACGGAGCUGAUGUUCGAGCAUUACGGGAUCCCGGCCUUCUUCCUCUGCAAGACGGCCGUCCUGACCGCCUUUGCCAAUGGGCGCAGCACCGGCCUGGUCCUGGACAGCGGGGCCACCCACACCACCGCCAUCCCCGUCCACGACGGAUACAUCCUCCAGCAAGGCAUCGUGAAAUCCCCGCUGGCCGGAGACUUCAUCUCCAUGCAAUGCCGCGAACUCUUCCAAGAGAUGAACAUCGAGAUCGUCCCGCCUUACAUGAUCGCGGCCAAGGAACCUGUCCGGGAAGGAGCCCCCCCGAACUGGAAGAAGAAGGAGAAGCUGCCCCCCGUCACCAAGUCCUGGCACAACUACACCUGCAACGAGGUCAUCCAGGACUUCCAGGCCUCGGUGCUGCAAGUCUCGGACUCUCCUUACGAUGAACAGGUGGCUGCCCAGAUGCCCACCGUCCACUACGAGAUGCCCAACGGCUACAACACGGACUACGGGGCGGAGCGGCUCCGCAUCCCCGAGGGCCUCUUUGACCCCUCCAACGUCAAGGGCCUGUCUGGGAACACGAUGCUGGGGGUCGGGCACGUGGUCACAACGAGCAUCGGGAUGUGCGACAUCGACAUCCGCCCGGGUCUCUAUGGCAGCGUCAUCGUCACCGGAGGAAACACUCUCCUCCAAGGCUUCACAGACCGGCUGAACCGGGAGCUUUCCCAGAAGACCCCUCCGAGCAUGCGCCUGAAGCUCAUCGCCAGCAACAGCACCAUGGAGCGGAGGUUCAGCCCCUGGAUCGGGGGGUCCAUCUUGGCCUCGCUGGGCACCUUCCAGCAGAUGUGGAUUUCGAAGCAGGAGUACGAAGAAGGGGGCAAGCAGUGCGUGGAGCGGAAAUGCCCCUGAGGCCAAACACCGCGGGAGACCCUUCCCCAGUUUCCCCCGUCCGUCUGUCCAUCCGUCCGUCAUUCCGUGCUCCCCGUUUGUGUGAUUCUCCCACCAGGACCCCCGACCCACAUCCAAAGACCCCCAAGGGAAGGAAGGAAGACUCGAACUCGCAACAGGACUUAACACACAAAAGAGGCCAUUGCAAGGAAAGAGCCGGAGAAAGAAGAAAGGAAGGAAGGAAGGAAGGACAGAUAGAGAUAUAUGGAGAGAAACCUAUGGCCCCCUUUCCCCAAAAAACUCCUGUCAUUUUGUAUAUGUAACCGGCGUCGUUCUAUUUAUUCAACAAAUCACCGAAAUCGUUACUGUUUGCAUUUUUCAGGUUGUUGACAAAAUAAUAAAUGUCCGGGUUUUUUUUCUA